AUGAGAUUUACGGGUCUAAUUAGUUGGAUUGCAUAUAAAGAAGGCAUUGCGUUGAUGAAAAUGGGAGUACGAAUAUGGUUUUGUAUGUUUUUAUUAGCUCAUUGCGUACCAAUGACAUCAUGUACAUCUUUCACAGGAACAAUUUUGUAUUCAACCAACACUGCAAUUAUGGAGUUUGAUAUUGAUACACACAAUGUAACUGUACUUGUGGAGCAGAGCGAUACUGUGUUCGCCAUGGACUAUGAUUACAAAAACAGAUUCAUAUAUUUUCCGAGAUACAAUACCCAUGACAUCGUUCGAUUUGCAUAUCCGUCAAAGAAUAGAACAUUACAAAGAGUUAUCCAGUCAUUAUCAUAUCCAUCAGGAAUAGCAGUUGAUUCAACUAAUGAUCAUAUCUACUGGACUGCUGAUUUUGCACACAUACUCUCUAGAUGCAAUAUGGAUGGAAGCAAUGUGAUUGUGUUAUCAACUCUAAGUUAUCCUUUUGUGAUACGACUAGAUCUUACAAACAGGUAUUACGUUUGA